AUGCGGGAGAACAGAUGUGUGGGGAAUACAUGCAUAAACCACUGUAAUCUCACAUUCGACAGAAACUUGAGGCGGUACAUUGAUCAGCCACUUUACGUAAAGUGGAAAAGAUGGGAAUGCCAAAGUGAGUGUCGUUAUCGAUGUAUGAUCUCUAGAGAGGACGAAAGACGAGAACUUGGAUACAAGCCUCUCAAGUAUUAUGGGAAAUGGCCAUACAAGCAUGUUCAUGGGAUUCAGGAGCCCGUUCACGGAUGGCACACUGGAUUGAACACGAAUGUGUGCUUGCUAAUGAAUGUGGUCACUAUAGGAUUGAACACGAAUGUGUGCUUGCUAAUGAAUGUGGUCACUAUAACCUUGUGGGCCGUGUGGGCGGGCAUAACUCACCACCCAUCCCGUUGGAAGCUUUGGUCGAUUGUACUCGGACUUUUUCCCUCGAUGAUCUUGAUGAUACUAGAUUUUCCUCCUUAUCAAGGCUUUAUCGAUGCUCAUGCAAUGUGGCAUGUGACCAUGGUUCCUAUUACCCAUGUAUGGUGGGGUUUUAUUCGGGAUGACUGUGAGUAUAGGACUGCAAUUCUGACUGGGAAAACAAAGUGUUGCUACUAG